AUGGUUUUACAGGUAGAGGCAAGGAUUAUCAUCUGCCUGGGCGAGUCGGGCGCGAAAAAUGAUUUCGGAUUGUCGGUGUUUUGGGGGAUGGACGGCCGCAGGCAGAUGAGAUAUGGAAAAGUGGUCGUCGUGAUUGAGGAUGUGACAAGUUAUCCGAAGGACGGCCUGCGUGUCUACAGGAUCAAGGUGUCGCUGGGAAGCGCCGGAAUCGGGAGGUCCUUUGAGCUGGUCCACUGCCCGAAAUGGCCUGAUAGAAGGACCGCAUCAUCCGAUCGAUGUGUGAUGAAAACCUUGGAGCGGUUGAAGGGCGCGUGUGAUGGGGACAUCCAAGACAAACACACAGACAUAAGGUGGCGGCGUGACAGGAAAACGGCGCGUGGCCGCAAAACGGCCGUUCCACUCCUCCACUCCGUGGCUGGGAAAACGGCGGUCAUCCAGUGUUUGGCUGGAAUCGACGGGACUGGCACUCUGAUUGCCGUUGAUAUGAUCGUCACCCGCAUCCUCAACGGUGACAUCGUAUGGGUGCUGGACGUGUUCGAGGAGUUGCGCGGCUGCCGGGCCAGCGCCAUCCAGACAUCCCAGCAAUACCUCUUGGUCUACGCCACCGUUUUCGACUAUCUCAGGGAAAAAUUCGGUGCAGACCGUUACCAAGCCCAGUACGACAAGUUCAAGCAGCUGCUCGAGAAGAUGGGC